AUGGGUGGAAGAAAUAUUAGUAUAACUAAAAGUGGUAAAAUCAUGAAUCCAACAGAUCAAGCUCGAAAAGAAGCUCGAAAAAAAGAAUUAAAAAAAAAUAAAAAACAACGUCUAUUAGUACGACAAAAUGUACUUAAAGGAAAAAAUCCAAGAGGUCUUAUUAGUGAUAUGGAACAUCUUGAUCGAAUGGAAUAUGAUCCUAUUAAUCCAUCACCUUAUAAUAUUAAAGUUUUACAAGAAAAAAGAAAAAAAGUGAAAGAAACAUGGGAUAGAGUUUAUCGAUUAUAUUCAAAAGAACAACCAGAUUCAGCUUUACAAAUGGAUACAUUAUUAGCAGAGUAUGAAAAAUCACGAGCUCAAUUGAUAACAUGGUUUGAGUCAGUUAAAGAAACACAACGUGUUACUAUUGAUGAAAUUCCGAUGCCUGAAUUACCUUCUGGAUCCACAGCAAGUGCGCCAGAUACACCACGAAGUAUUCUUAAACAAAAAGAUUCAAUUGAACCAUCACAACGUAUUGUUAUUUCAAAAAAACCACCAGGUCCACCAAUUGGUCGACCGCCAAUUCUAAGUGAUAAUGAAGAUAUUAGUGAUGAUGAAGAAGAAGUUUCUACAACAGCAACAAAAGUUGUUCAAUCGAAUGAUCGACGACGAAUUCGUUUUAAUGAUCCAUCAUCUUCUUUGCCAGCAGCACCAUCUGUAAGUCGAUGGAGUGAUAAUAAUCCUAAUGAAUAUGAACAGAAUGAAAUGCAAGAAUUUGGUACUCCAGUUACUGUGUCUCAACCGCCACAACUCAAUACAGAAAGAGCACCUCCUAUUAUGCCUCCGCCAUUUCCUCCACCACCUCGUGGAAUGCGAUUACCUCCACCACCACCUCCAGCAUCAUUUUUUGCUGCAAAUCCAAAUGUUCGAAUGCCACCAAAUAUUCGACCACCAUAUCCACCAAAUAUGGCACCAUCAAAUGCAUCAAAACUAGUCCGUCAACAGGCUCCUAACGUAUUCAGUGCACCACCAAGUCUCGUUGUAAAACCAUCACAACAAACAUCAAUUACACCUAAUAUAGCCCCGGUAUCAAAUAAGCCUAGUAUGACAUUUGAAGCUAAACCUCAAAUAAGAGCACGACAAGAUGUUACAAAAUUUGUGCCAACUGUACUUAAAGUUAAACGAAGUGGAAUAGGAGGUCCUUCGAGUAAUAGUAUUAGUGCAAAAGGAUCAGAUAUUGGUGGAAUGAAAUCAACAUCACGUUUUGAAGAUCCACUUUCAAUGAGAUCACGACUUGGAAAUACAGCUAGUGCAACAAAUCAACAUCAUUUAAUGAUGACUGGACCAUCAACAGAUGAUGCAUAUGAUACAUUUAUGAAAGAAAUUAACCAAUUGUAG